UAGUGUUACCCAACUUUUACAUAAACAGGCAGCUCUCAUAAGCCUUAGCUGCAGAGAGGUCUGAAAUUUGGGCUGAUCACUGCUCCAAGUUCACAAAAGCAGAGACUGCAACCCACUGUGAAGAGCUUUUGGAAAAAUCUUUGAAAAGGUUGGGAAUUGCAAACAUGUUUCUGUUCCUUUACCUGGUCAUCAGUCUGGGCCUCUCUGCAUCUGGUGUUGUGAGGGGAGAAGGUGAGGUUGAUUCCAAUGGAGACAGCCCACUUCAAGACAUACAGAAAAAAGUGAAUGACCUGUGGCAGAAUUUACUCUACCCACAGUUCAUCAAUGAGGAGACUGACCGGGCAGGUUAUGCCACCUGUGAAGUGAAGCCCAGCUCCAACCUAGAUGCUGACAAGCCACAGGUGACAGGCCAAGUCUUGUUCAGACAGUCCUACCCAAAUGGAAAACUAGAGGCUCUCUUUGACUUGAAUGGGUUUCCGUCAGGCAGCAAUCUGUCUGGCAGAGCUAUUCACAUCCAUAAGCUCGGAGACCUCAGCAACAGCUGUGACUCUACUGGGGGGCACUAUAACCCUUUCAAUGUGAACCACCCUCGCCAUCCAGGGGAUUUUGGCAACUUCUACUCUAAAGAAGGCAAAAUUAGAAAAUACAAGCCAAAUCUGCUCGCCACUCUGUUUGGCCCCUACUCCGUCAUGGGGAGAUCCAUUGUGAUCCAUGAACAGGAAGAUGACAUGGGCAAGGGUAACAAUAAAGCCAGUUUGGAGAAUGGGAAUGCUGGCAGACGUCUAGCUUGCUGUGUCAUUGGGAUAUGCAACAAGAACUUAUGGGAGAAAAAGCUUCCUGACAUUACAGACAGGAGGAAGAAGAGGAUCACAAAUGAGCACAAAACAACCAGGCCUAACUAAAGAUCAACAUACCAUCCAUUGCCUAGGCAGCACAGAAUAGAUAUAGUCCAUGUAGUUGAUCAAUGAGAGACAUGCGAAAGGUUUCCUGUUUCCAUUGGAUCUCGGUCCUACUGCUCUCUGAGAAAUGCAUAUUACUCUUUAGAGGUUUUUCCCUUCUGUAAGCAGAUUAAUAAAAAACAGCAUCAACUCAA